AUGGCUCUUGGCAUUUUUGGGAUCAGACUGAGAGUAUUGUUGUCACCCCUAAAAGCCAGUGUUGAUAGUCUGACUUCUCUCUGUACUUCUGAACGGGUCCUAGCUGUGUCCAGACUGGCCUCAUGGCCACCAUCUGCAGAAGGUGAUACUGGCCAAGGAGCAAGAACAUGGAUAAAACAAAUUUUGAAUCAAGACAUGGCUUUCCAACAUAUAAAAGUAAUUUACCCAACGGCUCCUGCCAGGCCAUAUACACCUAUGAAAGGAGCCUUUUCCACUGUGUGGUUUGACAGGUAUAAGAUCUCUAAUGACUGUCCAGAACACAUUGAAAGUAUUGAUUCUAUGUGCCAGGGACUUACGGCCUUGAUCAACGAUGAGGUUAAAAAUGGCAUUGCAAAGAAUCGGAUACUAAUAGGAGGCUUUUCGAUGGGAGGUGGAAUGGCAAUGCAUUUAGCAUAUAGGUUUCAUCACGAUCUGGCAGGAGUCUUUGCUUUGUCUAGUUUUCUCAAUAAAGACUCUGCUGUUUACCAGGCUUUGAAAAUAAAUGAAAGUGUUCUUCCAGAAUUAUUUCAGUGUCAUGGAACUGCUGAUGAACUGGUUCUCUACUCAUGGGGUGAAGAGACCAACAAGAUGUUAAAGUCACUGGGAGUAUCAACGUCACUUCAUACAUUUCCAAACCUUCAUCAUGAGUUAAGCAAAACUGAAAUAGAAAAACUGAAAACCUGGAUUAUAAAGAAAUUGCCUGUUGAAGCAGCAAAGACAAACGAAUAAAAGAAGAUGCACC